UAGUCCCAGGGGAAGAAGAGCUCUGAGGGAGGAGAGGAGAGGAUGAAGGAGAGAAAAUGGCAAUGACAGUUUGGAGGGCAGGCAUUUGCUAAGAGGUGGGAAGUGAAAGUGAAGCAAAGAAAGACAAACGAAGCUAUAGAGGCAGAAAGAGUUUAAAGAAAGUGAGAGCAAACAGGAAAAAGAAAGUGAAAAGAAGUGAAGGGAAGAGGAAAAGAAAAGGAGUUACAAGGAACAAACAGCAAGAGAAACAACAUUAGGUUGACCCAUCACCAUGACAACAGAAGCGGGCUCUGAGACAGAGGUGAAGGAGAAAGCAGAAGAGUCAGCUGCUCAGCCAGACCAAUCAGAGAACGCCACGCAAGAAACGCAGGAAGUAUCAAACGCUGAGGGAGAGGAGAAGGAAAAAGAGGAGAAGCCAAAAGAAGGAAAAGAGAGCAAAGGAAUAUCUCGAUAUCUGCCAACAUGGCUUAAGAAACAAAAGUCUCUAAGCCAGACCUCCCCAACAAAGGAGGUCUCGCCCACUGAGGACCCUGAUAGCAAGGCAAAGGAGGAAGAGGAGGUGCCUGCCCCAGAAGUAAACGGUCACGCAGAGGAGGUGGAAGAGAAGGAGGAAGUAAAGUUGGAGCAAGUGAAGGAAAAAGAAGCAGAAUCUCAUUCCAACGCUAGUGCUGACACUGAGCCAGCCAAGGAAGAAAAGGUGGAAGAAAGCGUAGAGAAAAGUCCAGAAGAGAAUAAGGAGACAACAGAGGGAGAAGGAGCUGAGGAGGAGAAGAAAGAGCAGGAGGCACAGGUGGAGGCUGAAGCAGAGGGAGGAGAAGGCCAGACCUCCAUUUUCCAGUCUCCUCUUCGUCUGGUUAGAAAGUCUAAGAUGAAGGUGGUGGUGUGUCACGUAACCCUUCUGGACGGGACUGACUUCGCCUGUGAGGUGGAGAAACGAGCUAAGGGUCAGUUUUUAUUCUUCAAGGUGUGUGAGCACCUUAAUCUGCUGGAGAAAGACUACUUUGGUCUGACGUACAAAGACAGCCAUGAACAGAAGUGUUGGUUGGAUCCCACAAAGGAAAUUAAGAGACAGAUUCGCAGUAACAACUGGCAGUUUGCAUUCAAUGUCAAGUUCUACCCUCCUGACCCCUCACUGCUCACAGAGGACAUUACGAGGUACCUUUUGUGUCUGCAGCUGCGUGAUGAUGUAGCUUCUGGACGACUGCCUUGCUCAUUUGUGACUCAUGCUUUGCUGGGGUCGUACACAUUGCAGGCAGAAUUUGGUGACUACGAACCUGACCAGCCUCGCCCUCUGGACUUCAUCAGUCAGCUGACUUUUGCACCGAGUCAGAACAAGGAGAUGGAGGAGAAGAUUCUCGAACUCCACAAGACACACAGGGGAAUGACCCCAGCCCAGGCCGACACCCAGUUUCUAGAAAAUGCCAAGAAACUGUCCAUGUACGGGGUGGACCUGCACCACGCGAAGGAUUCAGAGGGUGUGGACAUCAUGCUAGGUGUGUGUGCCAACGGACUUUUGGUCUACAAAGACAGACUUCGGAUAAAUCGUUUCGCUUGGCCCAAAAUACUCAAGAUUUCAUACAAGAGGAACAACUUCUAUAUUAAAAUCAGACCAGGCGAGACGGAGCAGUUUGAGAGUACAGUGGGAUUUAAACUCCAGAAUCAUCGAUCUGCCAAAAGGCUGUGGAAAGUCUGCGUAGAGAAUCACAGUUUCUUCAGGUUAAAUGCACCAGAACCUCCGACCAAGGCCCGUUUCUUGACUUUGGGCUCCAAGUUCCGCUACAGCGGGCGAACUCAGGCCCAGACCCGCCUGGCCAGCUCCCUCAUAGACCGACCUGCACCCAAUUUUGAACGGACCUCAUCAAAACGCAUCAGCCGCAGUUUGGAUGGAGCACCAGUGAUUAGUAUAACUGAAGCUGGCAGGGACAGUGCUGAGAAUGGGCGUGAGCCUCACCUGGAGCUUCACUCUGACUCAAAGAGUCGAUUGAGAGUGCAUGGGGACAAUAUUUAUGUGAGGCACAGUAAUUUAAUGUUGGAGGACCAUGAUAAGACCCAAGACGAGGUUCUGAAACAUCAAGCUAGCAUUAGCCAGCUCAAACGCUCCUUUAUGGAGGCGCCACCUCCCUCUCCUCCUCAGCCCAACCAAUGGGAGAAACGUCUCACCUCCUCUCCUGCUACAACGAUACGUAUUCAGCAGCAACAAGUGAGCCUGGAAGAGGAGAUAGCCUCUGAGCUUUUCAGCAGACACACCGGCACUGGAUUUUAUUCAGCUGCUGAAGCUGCCUGCAGUAUUCCUGAACCAACACUAGAUGCUCUUAUAAGCUCAUGUUCAGCUGCUACUUCUACCACUCUCAAUGCUUUCUGCAGCUCUUCUGUGCCACAAAGCCUUCCUAUUUCCACAACUACUACACUCUCUGCAACAGAGGUCAAUGAGCCACAAACAGAAGCAGCCUCAGCUGAAAACACCAUCUUUGAUACCAAAGAACCUGCAAAGACAACGGAGGUUGAAAUCGAAGAAACUGUUGUCAUCCAAGAGGUUUCCAGAGCAAACAAACCUGGACUUGUCACAGUUACAACCAGUUCCCCUGCUGAUCCGUCUGCAGAGCAGGAAACAAGGGAACAGAAAGUGAGAGUGGAAGAGGAAGUAGUGGUAGUGGAGGAAGCAAAGCAGAGGAAGCAGGAGAGCGUCUCCUCUGAGAGUGAGAGUGACGAAGAGGCAGAGUACCAUCCGAACAUCUCUGUAACCAUCUGUCAUACACAAAUACCAGAAGAGAAGGAAGAGGAGGAAGAGCAGGAGAAGAAUGAGGAAGAGAAGCAUGUGGAGCAGCAGCUGUCGGACCCAGACACUCCUUAUCUUCCAGCUGAGGUCUGCAAGCCUGCAGAAGAAACCAAUCAAGAAGAGUCCAGGGAGGAGGACACAAAGACAGAGGAGAACAAGAAUCCAGAGGAGGAGAAGGAAGGUGAACAUGAGACAGAGGAAAGCACCGAUGACCCGAUGGUGACACCUGACGAAGCCCCCAACAGUUUCAUUGGGAUGGCUGUUCCAGCAGAAGAAGAGGAGGAACCCAAAGUGAACGGAGAAGCCUCACUGGUUGAAGUGGAACCACGGCCGCAGGUUAUUUGUUGCUCUGAGCCACCUGUGGUAAAGACAGAAAUGGUGACUAUAUCAGACACGUUUGCAGCCCAGAAAACUGAGAUAGCUACAAAAGAAGUUCCCAUCGUACAUACGGAAACCAAGACCAUCACAUACGAGGCUGCACAGUUGGAUGGUAAUGGUGAUGGUGAGCCUGGCGUGCUGAUGACUGCUCAGACAAUCACCUCUGAGUCUUUGUGCACUACCACAACCACACACAUUACCAAGACGUUAAAGGGUGGGCUGUCGGAGACAAGGAUUGAAAAACGCAUCGUCAUCACUGGCGACUGCGACAUCGACCAUGAUCAGGCACUGGCACAGGCCAUUAAGGAGGCCAAAGAGCAACAUCCUGACAUGUCUGUUACCAGAGUGGUGGUUCAUAAAGAAACUGAACUGGCUGAGGAGGAGGAUUGACUGAACUCAGAGCUGAAAGGCCCAUCGUGACUGUUUUCUCAUUUGACAACAAACAAUCUUCGUCACUCUGCAACAACCGAACUUGACAGAAGGGAAGAAGAAGAGGAACUGGAGAACAGGAGGAAGAGGAGGAGGGUUAAGAUAGUGUGAUCUAAGUUGUCACGCUCAUGCCAGAUGGUCUUUCUCACACAUUUUUUGGUGCAUUUUAGUCCCUCACUGCAAAAACAAGAAAUGUAAUAAUAAGCUCAAUGUUUCUGAGGGAACAAAAAGAACCCUUUAGUUAGCUUAUCAUUUGUAGCUUGUUUUUCUAUUCUUCCUCCCCCUUUUUUCAUUAGUUUUAUUGUUUAAAAAAAGAGUAAAAAUAGUGUCUUACAUGUGUUGCAAAAAUAAAAAUGUGGAUGCACCGAUAGCUAUUCCAGAUGAAAGAUAUUUCACCAACAUUGUUAGUAAAAUCCGUGAGUCAGGUCUCAAAAAAGCAAAACUUCAAUCAGGAUAAUAAAAAAAAAGGGUUUUGGUGCAUUCCUUAAAAAAAAUAAACAAAAAACAAUAAAAAAAAAAAAAAAAAGGAAUUUGUUUAAUUACAGCGCCCCCUCAUUCUUCUUUAUGGUGUAAAUGAAACGGAAUAUAAUAUAACUGAAUAAUUUCAUGAAUUUUUAAGGAACAUGUUUACCUUUUACUUCACAACACUCACUUAUUUUAACACAUUCAAGUUCUUUAAAAGUUACACUGACGAGGGAGCUGUAACUUAAAAUAUUGCAGUAAAAAAAAAAAAUCAUCCAGAUUUUUGAUUUUUGUAUCUUUUUUUUUUUUUCUUUCUUCUCGUAAGUUUGUUUAUUAUUCAUCCACAUUCCUUGUGUGUGACCAGCAUCUGAGUCAGUUCAUUUUCAGCCGUGCUCACAUUUAGCUCAACAGCUCAACUUUGUAAACAGAGGAGAUGUUUUAACAUUUACAGUGGGUGAGAAUGGGAGGGAUGUUAAAUAGGUCAGUGGGUUUUACAUUAAUGAAGCAUGGGAAGCUAAAUGUGAUGAAAUUUUACACCAUUUUAGGGUACAUUUUGUUUUGUUCUUUUCACAAAAUAAAAUAAAAAAAAAAUUAAGAGAAAAUAAACAGACUUGAGAGCUGGUGUAUACAACUCUGUACAGAAAAAUGAAGGUUAUUAAAUGGGAGCAGCUAAAUAUCCUCAUAGGGCCCUUCCUCUGAACGACACUAAACAUUCCUACUGGGCCCUCAAGGGGGAAGAAAACUGACCUUGAUUGGGAGAAACGACUGGUGAACUGGAAGAAUAAUUGGGAGAAUGCCAACUAACAACUUGGGUAUGAAAUGAAAUAUGAAUAUUAAUGAAAGUUGGUCUAACUCUGUGGAAAUAAGAAUUUCAGCAUAUUAUGUUGCAUACAGAUUUAACACAGCAGUUUCAGUUAAAUUAUUUAAAAGGAGUUUUCUUGCUACGACUAGUAAAGGUACCAAAAUAAACUUGAAAGCCGUUCUGUCCCAAAAUCCAACUCAAGCUAUUUCCUGCGUUCUGCAGCCUGUUGUCGUCGUAGUUCAGCACUGUUCACACCCAGCUUCUUUUCAUACCCGACUAGUUAUAAAACAGAGCCUGAUAGACAUAACCAUAAAUGGAAUUAAAUUCUGCAUGUUUCACCUUGUAAGCGAGUCUAGAUAUGAUGCUACUGUGUUGAUUGGUUUGAGAGUGUGCAGAUCACAGAUUAUUUUUAGCUCAUACAGCAUGACUUGAUAAUAUUAUGAGACAUGGCGCUGGUUGUGUGUUGUAACUGUUUUACUGCAACCAAAUAUUCAGCUGGAUUCAUUCUCUAUGUUUUUUAACGGUUUAUAUUACGUUGCUUUCAUUCUUAUCCUUCAUCAGUGCAUCACACAAAAAUACAACACUGAAUCUGUUACCACACUACAAACCUAAGUAAAGAAAAAAAUAGUUAAAAUACAAGAGGAAAAAGCAGCUUAAAGGGAAGAAUAUUUGAGGGUUUGAAGUGCCCUUUGCACCCCUAAAUGGAAUCUCAUUGUGGUGUAUAUCAUUUUCUGUUCUUUUACUCAAAUUUAUGGCUAAAUUUGACAACAAAAUGUGACUUUGUGUUAUUAAUGGCAUUAAGUGUGUGAUAAUGAGGGGCUUACUCUAAUGCAUUUAGCUGGGAGAUUUAUUUCUGUGAACAGCAAAAAGCAAGAACGUAUUCUUCUGAAAAUUAAGUGCCACAGAGAACCAUAAAUACAUUCCACUGGACCUGUCGAAAUCCACACUUUUCCUCUGACAGGAUAUUUUUUGAAUGGGAUUUAAAAGGAGGUAUUAUUUACUCCUUUAGAUCAGCAAAACUGUUACAUUCUCUGGAAGAAAAAGCCUGACUUUAACUUGAUUAUCUGUAUCACCUGAGCUGUGUUAGUGUGCAUCUCUGAAUUUUAAAGCUUUCAAAAAAUUACAACAGACAGCAAAUAAAAAUGGGCUUUCUGUUGUGGGAAACGCUGCUCUGACUUCUACUAUGCAGUUAAAUGACAUUCCAUGAGGGGGAAGCUGUCACUCCUCAUCCUCUUGCAAAGAUACAAAGCAGCAUAAAAUCUUUAAAAAAAAAAAUAAAAUAAAAGAAACCUAAAUUUUCAACACUAGGCAGCUUUGGAAGCUUUUCCUUUCCAA